CCAACAUCCGGGUCUCACUAUGAGGAAGCGCGUCAAUAUGCACCGGUUGGGGAGGGAUAUGAGUCACAGAUUGGCCAUGCUCAGGAACAUGGUGACCUCCUUCAUCUACCACGAACGCAUCCGAACGACCGUGCCAAGGGCGAAGGAGCUCCGCAAAGUGGCGGACAACAUGGUCACUCUUGCCAAGAAGGGCACGCCUCACCACCAACGCCAAGCACAAGGAGUCGUUCGGGAGAACGCAGCGGUGGUAAAGCUCUUCGAGGUGCUGGGACCAAGAUACAAGGACAGGCCGGGGGGCUACACUCGAGUGAUGAAAUUGCAGAAGCCGCGAAAAGGAGACCAGGCCGAUAUGGCCAUCAUCGAGUUUGUCGACAGGGAAGGAGAGUUGAGGCCAGCGAGGCAAGUCGGCCAAACACGUGGCCUGGUGGACUUGGUGGAGGACGACUUUUUGACCAAGGACCAGAAGGAGUCUAGCUUGCCAUGACGCGCCCGUCAAGUGCUUCGGACUGUGAUGGCGCGCUAAAUUGAUGUUGAAGGCGAUGUUUGUCGGAGUGCAGAUGCUGGAGGCUGACGAUCGCUGUGAGGCGCUCGUUGCCAUAAGGGCUUGAUCUGUCUUGUAGUUGUCCGUUUUGCUUGACUUGCUUGUAUCGCGGUAGCACAGCAUUGGCUAGAAUACCGUUUUGUGUCGGAAUGUUCAUCUCGUGUACGUCGGAAAAUUGGUGUUCAAAGCCACUUGCUCGAACUCCUGACUCGUUUUUCUACAGCCAGCAGUGUGGACGUUCUAUCUCCUCGAUUCGGUGUAUCCCUUUGUAGCUGGGAGGAGAGCACGAGUGCGUGUGCUGUAUGG